CUCAUUAUCACUCUUCUCAUUUCAUCAUGGUCAACAGUCUUUCUGCGACUCUGGGGGAGAAUACGAAUUACCAAGUCACCAGGUUGGGAUGACACAUUGAUGGUCCUCACUCUAAUGUUAUUUACCUGCUACUGCGCCUUCAUAUCAGUCAUCAUUUCCCUUGGAGGAUUCAGCUAUGUGCCAAAUUUCACCGCAAUAAAAAGGACUAUCCUUCACGUACAGCUGAGCGAAGUUUUCUACAUCCUUACUACAACUACUCUCAAAAUCUCAUUGGGGCUCUUUUUCCUACGCGUAUUGACCAAGCGAUGGCAAAGGCGCAUCUUUCAUACCAUACUCUGGGUGUCAGCUUGCUACGGGUUCUUCUAUGUGUUCAUUGCAAUCUUCCAAUGUGGGCCGCCUGCCCAACUGCUACCUAGUCUUAUGAAAGGUAGCCUCAAGUGUUUGCCUACUGGAUUCCUACUCUUCACCGGAUAUCUAUAUGGUAUCAUUUGCGUCGUUGCAGAUUGGAUAUUCGUCCUGAUUCCCAUAUUUGUACUCAUCGAGAGUGAUAUGGAUAGCCGCUCAAAGGUAUCAGUGAGUAUAAUCAUGGCACUGGGUGCGGUAGGAAGUAUAUCUGCUAUUCUUCGCAUGGUCUACCUAAAAGGGCUUCUCCUCAGUGGAGACUUCAUCACCGAUGCCCCAACUGCCACAAUAUGGGCAACCGCUGAACCCGGAACUGGAAUCACGGCGGCAUCUCUCGCAACUCUUCGGCCUCUCUUCCGCAAGGUGAAGGAGGGAGUACGCAGCAAAAUUGCCUCCAGUAACUUGAGCAAGAGC